AAAUAAAGUAAACAGAGCAGCUGUCAAUGGCCUCGGAAAUUCACACAGUUCCAGAAUAAAGGGACAAAAAUAUAUUUUUACUUUUUAUUCAUAACAUCUGACGUUUUUAUGAGAAACUGGUGUGAACUCUGACGAAGGGACAGGAGCGACUCUGCCCUGAGAUGUUCACAGACAUGGACUAUGAGCUGGAAGAGGACAAGCUAGGGAUUCCAACAGUACCUGGUACUGUGUGUCUGAAGAAAGAUCCCAACAACCUUAUUGGCAUCAGCAUUGGUGGAGGGGCGCAGUACUGCCCUUGCCUCUACAUUGUCCAGGUCUUCGAUAACACCCCAGCAGCUCUGGAGGGGACACUGGCAGCAGGCGAUGAAAUCACAGGUGUGAACGGGAAACCAGUAAAGGGGAAAACUAAAGUGGAGGUGGCCAAGAUGAUUCAAGUUGUCCAGGGAGAAGCAACGAUCCACUACAACAAACUGCAGGCAGAUCCAAAACAGGGGAAGUCUCUGGAUAUAGUUCUGAAAAAGGUCAAACAUCGGCUGGUAGAGAAUAUGAGCUCAGGCACUGCAGAUGCUCUGGGACUCAGCAGAGCUAUUCUCUGCAAUGAUGGACUCGUCAAAAGACUGGAAGAGCUGGAGAAAACGGCAGAGCUCUACAAAGGGCUGAUGGAGCACACAAAGAGGCUGCUCAGAGCUUUUUUUGAGCUUUCUCAGACUCACAGAGCGUUUGGUGACGUGUUCUCUGUCAUCGGCGCUCGAGAGCCGCAGGCGGCGGCCAGCGAGGCGUUUGUGAAGUUUGCUGAUGCUCAUCGCAACAUUGAGAAAUAUGGAAUUCAGCUGCUAAAGACCAUCAAACCCAUGCUCCAUGACCUGAACACGUACCUUCACAAGGCCAUACCGGACACGAAGCUCACCAUCCGCAAGUACCUGGAUGUGAAGUUUGAGUAUCUGUCGUACUGUCUGAAGGUGAAGGAAAUGGACGAUGAAGAAUACAGCAGUAUUGCCAUCGGAGAACCCAUGUAUCGCGUGAGCACCGGUAAUUACGAGUACCGCCUGGUGCUGCGGUGUCGGCAGGAGGCCCGGGCCCGCUUCGCCAAGAUGAGGAAGGACGUCCUGGAGAAGAUCGAGCUGCUGGAUCAGAAACACGUCCAGGACAUCGUGUUCCAGCUGCAGCGCUUCGUCUCCGGCAUGUCGCAUUACUACGACGAGUGCUACGCCGUCCUGAAGGAGGCGGACGUGUUCCCCAUCGAGGUGGACCUCUCCCGUACCAUGAUCAACUACUGCAGCCAGUCGCUGACCUACACGGAAGAUGAAGAGGAGGACGAUGACGGAAGAGGCGGAGAGGAAGGAGGCGGCGGCAGCGCAGGCGGUCAAACGGAGAACGGCGCCGAGAAACUGGUCGAUGACGAAUGAGAGUGUGUGUCUUUGUGAGUGUGAGUGUGUGUGUGU